UGGCCAAGGGGCGGUUAGUCAUUUAGUCAGUGUCAUUUGUGUUGUUAAAAGUCGCAUAUACGGCUAGAAAGUGCUAGAAGCUUUGAUCGGAAACAAAAAUUGUGUAUAUGUAUAUGCAUACAUACAUCGGAAACUUUAAUUUUAACAAGCGGAACAGGAACUGAACAGAAAAAACAUUUCUUCACUAUUUUCGAUUUUUUGUGGUAAUAAAUAAGAUACAUUUCAAACAAGUGAACCAUUAUGAAAAAAUAUCAUAAGCUGUGUCUAUACGCUUCGUUUUUGUUGUUGUCCUGCUGGAGCUCGCAGACAUGGUCAGCAUAUUUGCCAGUGAAUGAGGAACUUAACCUUAAUCAAUUGGAAGGGUUACAAAAGCAACAAUCUCAGCGGUAUUUAUAUACACAACAUCCAGCAGACCAAAGACAGAUCAGCAAUAAGGGCGAAAAGCGAAGCGCGGGUGAAACGACCGCAACAGCAGACACAAGUAACGCCGCAAUACCAGCAUGGUACAGCGAUACAAACGAAGAUAGCGCUGCUGCGCUGGGUAAUUGGCAAUUAUUACCUCAUGGAUCAUACGAUAAAAACGAUGACGUAGUGGCUGGCAAUGCGCCAACACAUGCGGUGGCGUGGUCUGAUCGCGCGUAUGAAAAUAGCUAUGUGUACGACGCAUUUGACAGCGACGGCGACACCGAAAUAGACAAUGUUGAAACCGGCGAAGAUCUAACCAACUCACAUAGUGUAUUGAGUCGCAAGCGACGCGGUUUCGAUGAUUGGCUCAUAGCGCCGCAUACACGUUGGUGUGGGCGUGGCAAUAAUGCCAACAACAACUACAAUCAACUUGGUGGCGCUUCGGACGCGGACAGAUGUUGCCGGCGACAUGAUCAUUGUCCCGUUUUCAUAUCAGCAUUCAGUAAUCGGUACGAAAUUUUCAACUAUCGACCAUACACAUUGUCGCAUUGCAGUUGUGAUCGACGUUUCCGUGCCUGCCUAAAAAUGAACAACGACGAGCCGUCGAACACCAUCGGACAGCUCUUCUUUAAUAUGGUGCCAUCACAAUGUUUUAUACUACGUAAUGAAAAGCAUUGUUUGGAACGUGAUGCGAAAGGUAACUGCGUAAAGGAAACAACGCGAAAACAUGCCUAUGUGCGAGAAAAUGAAAAGUACUAAAUAUUACGUGCAUUCACAUAAAUCUGGAUGCAUGUAUGCAGCGACGAAGAAGUUGUCCCAAAAGGCAUGCAGAAAUGAGACUGGGCAGUUUUGUCGAGCGUAAUUGGGCUUAAGAAGCCUUACGAAGCUAAUGCAGGUGUAAAAGAAAUAUCGAGAAAAUAAAAUUAAAAUAAAAUUCAGACACAAAGACGAUUUAAACAUUUUGUUUUGGUAGGCGUGUUAUAUGUGUAUGUGCAGCGCUAGCUAAUGGAAAACCGUUAAAUGCAUACCUAUGGUAUGUACGAAGUGUAAACGCGUUUUAACUUCAAAUGGUUUACAGCUAAAGCGCAGCUGACUAUACAUUGCUGUCACCUUAUGUCUGCUAUAAUUGGAUGAUUUGUUUGUAAACAGCAAAAAUGUAAAUAAAAUAAGUUUUGACGUCAUGCCAAUAUUUUCUUAAUGAUAUUAUGUGCAUUUCUGUUGUUUAUUAAGAUUAAGCAUACACAAUUUUACUCAUUAUUUACCAUGGUAUUCCAUAAAAUUAAUGCAGAACAUAACGGCUGUCUCGAUAUUGUAUUGUACCAAUACAUACGCUUAAAAAUAUACUUUAGAGCAAUAAGAAGUGAAAGAAGUAAACACAUACAACGUAUACAUAAGUUAAUAUUAAAUAAAUAGAAAAGAAGUAUAAAAAAUUAAAGAGUUGGACACUGGAAAGCAAUACUGUUUAAUAGGAUUAAGCUUAGUAAUUAGAAAAAAAAGCUGAAAUAAGUGGAUAUUACAUUGUUACAUUGAUUGUAAGCGUACGUUUGCAUAUAGAAAUUACACCUAUGUACAUAUGUAUAUAGUAUUUAUGUAUUUUUGCACUUUGAAAAUAUGUAUCAUCAUUAAACACUAUCGCUUACAAAUAAAAAUAUGAACAAAUUGAAAAA